AUGAAGGCCUUCACUCUGCCUAUUCUCGUCGGCCUCUUUGGCCUGGCCGCUGCGCGCACCGACAUCAGCGGCUGCGUCUCGUCGACAACCACUGACCAGUGGCACGAAGCCAGCAUGAUCUGGUAUGUCCCCGGCAGCGGCGAGAUCUGCGACUUCAUCGACUGUGGCGGUGGUAUGGCUCCUCCGAAGACCGACCAGCCUGGCUGCCCUCUAUACACCGGCACCGCAACCGUGACACCCAGUUACCUGCCCGGCUACGGACCGAAUGGCAAGAUGGUCGCUUCCACCACCACGGUGUCCGAGACUUCUACCACGAUCAUGAUGCACACCACUAUCGUUUCAUCUGCCGAGGCAUCUUCUGAGUCGUCCUCUGAGUCGCCCUCUUCUACUUUCAACCACUCGGGCAACACAAUGAUCACCGCAGCCCCGACUUCCUCGCCUGCUGUCUCUUUCACCAAGACUACCUCGCCUAGCUCCAAGGCCGGAGAUUCAACCUCGUCUGCCGCGACCAGCGCUAAAACCGGAAAUGCUGCCGCCGUCCCUGCGUCGAACAUGGCAGGCGUCCUGGUUAUUGCCGCUGCUGUUGCUGGCGCCUUUGCCUUGUAA